AUGUUUGUUCCCUUGCCGGUGCCGUUCGUGUUUCAGAGAACUGCCCCUGACCUCAACGCCUGGCGUCUCAAGUCCCCUCUGGCUCUCCGCUCCAACUCCGAUAUCAGGAUGUCAAAGCCAGUAGAGGGCGAGAAAGUAGGGGCUGACUCACCAUUGGAGGGCACAGAUUCUGAGCGGAAUGGACCUGAAUCAAAUCACCAGUCAAUGAAAGUCAAUCCCUUUCCCCUGUCACCAACCCUGAGCAGCAGCAAGACUAAGAUGGAGGAGUGUGGUGAGAUGUCCCCGGCCCUUCCUCCCUCUCACGGCCCGACCCCCUCACAGACGGCCCUGCAACAUACACAGCUCAUGCUGACCGGCUCCCAGCUAGCAGGGUUGACAGCUCUAUUGCCAGCACAGCAGCAGUUGUUGCUGCAGCAGGCUCAGGCGCAGCUCCUGGCUGCGGCUGUGCAGCAGUCCAAUGCAGCCCACGCCGCCCACGCCGCCCACGCUGCCCACGCAGCCGCCCAAGCCAAUCAGCAAGCUCAGGCAGCCGCAGCAGCAAAUCAGCAAGCCCAGCAGCAGCAGCAACAGCAGCAGCAGGUGGGACAAACGGGUCAGCAGGCUCAGUCACAGUCCCAGGGACAGGGACAGAGCACACAGGAACAGACAGCCCAAAGUGUCCCUGUCCCGCCUCCUCCACCCCAGCUUACCCUGUCCCAGCCAAUCCAGCUCACCGCCCAGGACAUCCAGCAGUUGCUGCAGCUUCAGCAGUUGGUGUUGGUGCCCGGCCACCCGCUCCCAUCUCCUGCCCAGUUCCUCCUUCCACAGGCACAGCAGGCCCAGCAAGGACUCCUAUCGACACCAAAUCUUAUUCCGCUACCUCAGCAAAACCAAGGGAGCCUGCUGUCUGCUCCAACUAGAAUGGGACUCCAAGCACAGCGAGAUAAGAGUGUGGAGGUGAGCGGAGGCGGAGGUGUGACCACGAUGCCCUCUGUGACCUCUCACCCCGAGGAGCCCAGUGACUUGGAGGAACUGGAACAGUUCGCCCGCACUUUCAAACAGAGACGCAUCAAGCUGGGCUUCACACAGGGAGACGUAGGCUUGGCCAUGGGGAAGCUGUAUGGCAAUGAUUUCAGCCAGACGACCAUCUCCCGCUUUGAAGCCCUCAAUCUGAGCUUUAAGAACAUGUGCAAGCUGAAGCCACUGCUGGAGAAGUGGCUCAAUGAUGCAGAGACCAUGUCCAUAGACAGUACCUUGCCCAGCCCCAGCUCCCUGUCCUCUCCCUCUCUGGGCUUCGAGGGGGUUCCUGGUCGCCGCAGAAAGAAGAGAACCAGCAUUGAGACGAAUGUACGCGUGGCCCUGGAGCGCUCAUUCAUGACGAACCAGAAGCCUACCUCAGAAGAGAUCCUGCUGAUCGCCGAGCAGCUCAACAUGGAGAAGGAGGUGAUUCGGGUCUGGUUCUGCAACCGCCGGCAGAAAGAGAAGCGCAUCAAUCCCUCCAGUGCCACCCCUCCCCUGCCCAGCCAGCCCCCCGCUGCCCCACCAACGCACAAACCACCCUGCUAUAGCCCUCACAUGAUGUCCAGCCAGCUGUCGCAGGCCGUGACUAGUCUCAGCAGCACAACAGUGACUACCAUGUCCUCCGUCUGCCCCCUGACUUCCAGCCUCACCUCCACCCACCCCUCUCUCAGCUCCGCACCCUCCCCGGUGACUCCUCCUCCCCGCAGCACGGCCAGCCCUGCCACUCCCAGCCACAGCACACUCAAUCUUAACACAGGGAACACUGUGAUGGGAGUUAACACAGGGAUGAACCAAGCCCUCCUCGGUAACAAUCCCCUGGCCACUAUCCAAGCCCUAGCAGCCAGUGGUGGCCAGCUGCCUCUUUCCAGUCUUGAGGGGGGCAGUAAGGUGAUGCUGGGGGCCUCUGGGGGCCAGGGAGGGGGCCUCCCGUCCUCCCUUUUCCUCAACCACCCUGCCCUACUCCACAUGGGCCAGAACCCUGGCGCUGGACUGGUCAGUGCCGCCGUAGCCAAAGCCUCCCAGUCCUCCCCUUUCCCCUCGGCCAGCAGCAUCAGCCCCACCCCCUGCUCCCCCUCUCCCUGCUCCAGCCCUGCCUCUUCCUGCUCCUCCAGCGAAAUGGCACACAGCCCGCCCUCUCUGGGCGGGGCCAAGAUUGAGUGACCACACCAAGGGCCAAUCAGAGAGGAGGAGGAAUGAGGAAACGAGAACCUCGCCUUUCACACCAAAGCUAUCUCUUUCUCUCUCUUGCGCUCUUCUUCCGUUAUUUUUUUCGCAAUGGCUCUCUCUCUCUUUCUCUCCCAGUCUUUCGAUGCCAAAAAUACACAGAAUGAAAGAGGAGAGAGGGAGAGAAAGAAGUGAAAGAGGGGAGAAGGGGGGAAAGGGGAAGAUUGAAACCAAAAAUCUUUAUCUAUCAAAACAGAUGGAGAGGAGGCAACGUGGGACCUUUUUGUCAAUAACGUGUGAUAUCGACAUGGCACCUCUCCACUCUUUCUCUCUGAAGGAAAACAAACCAAUGACUCUUUAACAAAGAGACGGAAGAGACGGCAGAGAUGCAUGUCGAAGUGCAUAAACCAAAAAUGACAAACGAUACUAUGUGACAAAGGAAUGGCGACAAGGACAAAAAUAGAUUGAGAGGAGGACAGUGCUUACGUUUUCCUUUUUUUCUUAUUAUUUCUAAAAGCUGCGGGUCUGAAGGAAGAGGAGUAGGGAGGAUAAGUUUAAACCAAAAAUUUACCUGAGGAGGAGGCGGAGGAGGAAUACACAAUGACAAAAGAAAAAGAAAAAAAAAAACGUCAACCAUACCAAAAUCCCAAAUACCAAAAAUACGGAGAGAAAAGCUUUAUUCAAAGGACGUGUAAAUACUGAAGCUAUCCAGGACCAGGACUCUACUGCUACUGCUACUUACACAUACACACAAACAAACACACACACACACACACAUCAAGAGCCAAUCCAUCCUGCCAUCGACUCAUCCUCUGUGUCAGCUCAUGUGUCUCUUAUAGGUUCAUGCUAGAUAUUUUAGAUAAUUUUGUAAAAGCCUGUUACUGAGUCAAAAGCUUGUGUAUGAAUGAUUGCCAGUUCUGCUGUGUCUUCAUGCGUUUAGUCUCUUUACCUACCUCUGGUUCUAAGAGCAUAGAAAAGCUUUCCUCUCUCCUUUUUAAUUUCACAUUUCCCCAACAGAGUCUUGCUAUUCAGUAUCUAUUUUUUCAACUUUGAGAAGUACAGUUGGGAUUUGUUUUUUUUUUUAUUAUUUAUUAGUGUCAUUUUACAAACCAGCUCCUAUUUAUUGUUGCAGCUUUUUUUUUAGUGUUACCUUUUAAGGGUUUGUAUCAUCAUCACUGUCAUCAUCUUUGUCUUCAUCAUACAUGUUGGUGUCAUCAACAUACAUUUCAUUUUUGAUGUGACUUUUCUGCAGGAACAGAGAUGACAAAGGUGAAGAGAUGCUCGUCUCAGUCCUCACCAAGUGCCAAUAGGUCAAAAAUAGAGUUGGCACACUGCGAGCUGAUUUCAAGGUGUGAAUGAAUUUAUUAAAACCUAAACGUGU